GGAUAUUGGAGAGGCAGUCACAUUUUUAAUAAUUUGAACUGAAUGACUGAGGAUGAAGAAGAAAAAAGGAUUUGAUGAGUGUUGAAACAUUUACCGGAGUAAUAGAUUCUAUAAGAAAACACAAUAUGCACAGAUAUUAAUCAUGUUUGUCGCUUGUCAUGCAUCAAUUUGUUGUACAAGAGAUUUCAAGCUAGGGCUGUGUUUGUAGUACCCGUCAAGUCAAAUUCCUCUUUCAAUUUCCUGAGUUCCUGUUGAAUCUAGGGAUGCAUGACAUGUACACCCAGGCACAGUGCUCGUCACUUAAACUACAAACCUCUUCUUUAGAAUCUGGGGUAGCUAGGGAAAAGGCAAUCUCUUUGGAAUACAAGCCUUCAUUAUUGACAGGAAAGUCCUGUCAGUUUGAAGGAAAAAAACACCCAGUAUUGUGCAGAAAUAAAUUCAUUGACUCUCGUAGGCAGAACGGGAAAGUUUUUAUUGUGAUAAACCCAUCAAACUCGGUCAGGCUUUGUUGAGUUUAGGCAGAGGUCGAGACCAAAUAAUAAUGGAGUGUAGGAUUCAGUUACAGGACAGUUCUUCUCCGCAUGAAUCAGGGAGGGCCGGCUAUAUUAGACACAAAGUUUGUUCUGUGGCCAAACAAUGUAUUUCCUGUGAUUGAAAGCAAGGGAAAGGUUCUUGGCAAGUCUUUGACAAUGCUCUAAAUUAUUGUAGACUUCCUGCUGUCUUUGUUGAUCAGUGCUACGCAUCUUCGAAGCACCAUUUUUGUGCAUUUAACCAAAGGAUUAUGAUUUAUUAAUGAAAUUUACAGUGAAUUCAGUGUACACUGUAGGAUGCACUCUCUAUACAUACUGGAUAUACUGUGUACAGUGCAGAUUUGAUAGACUUCGAGUUUGAGUGGAAGCUUGAUUGAGAAUUUGUAUGAUCGUGCCAUUCUCCACUCCCCCAUCUCAAGAAAUGGAGCCCUUAAUCUCAAUGAAGUCAGGAUCAUAACAUUCGUUCAUCUUGUGUGCAUCUGGCACAUUUUGCCGUCCCCCGAGCUUAAGCGGAGACAUGCACGCAUAAUUAAUAUCCCACUAGACUGGAUUUUACUGUAAGAUGGGUUCAUAUUAGGCUGGAGCGAACCAUUAGUGACUGGAGGUGAAGAUACUGUACAGAAUCCUUGGCACCUGGUGUCCAGCACGCCAACUGGAAAGCCAUUCCAUCAUACCUUCAAGGGUCGGGCUCCCAAGCCUCCACCAUGUCGAGCCCUGGCAAGCCUGACUUUAACCUGGCCCACCCCACACCGCACACCAAUGGCCUCUCCGUAGAGGACGUACAGCGAGGGGGGCUGACCAACGGUGCUGUGGAUGGUGAUCAACGGUCACAGUCGGAUGCAGCGUCCAGCAAUUCUGGGAGCGAUCUUCUGAUCGAUUUGUCUGAGGCAGACUUUGCACCAUCCGCCAAGCCAUCUUCUCUACUCUCGGCCCUUCAGGAGAGCUUGGCUGCCGAGAAGGAAGCAGAACCAUCGAAACAAAUCGCCUCUGAUGAAAACGGUGAAAGCGGUAGCGAGGUCAUGUAUUCAGACAGUAACUCCCAGCUGGAUCGGCAAGAUUUCACAACGUACAUGUCUAGUAACUCCACUAGAUCAAUGUCGAUAGGUGAUUUGGACAAGAUAGACUCCUCACCGCCUACAGAACAACCUGUUGAAUCGCAACAACAAAAUUUGAACUUGCAUUUGAAUGAGCAAAAUGCAUUAAAAAUGGACAGCAAUUUUGAUCAAAGUUCAGUGUCCAGUUUUUCACAAAUGGCAUUAUCAAAGGGCAACUCAGAGACUUCAGGAAUCGUGUCUGACACAUCAGUUAAGUCUACUCCAAUUAGCUUUGGAGACAAGAGUGAACAGCAUGAUGACUAUUCUGGUACAACAAAUGGAAUAGAGCAAAACUCAAUGGAUGAACUUCCAAACAGUAGAACACUUCAGUAUGAAGAUGAAAAGCAAUCUCUUGAAGAGCGUGACUCACUUGAGAGCAGUGGUAUUCAAAAACCUGUAGAGCGGAUGACAACAGAAGUGGAUUCUGCAGAAGCGAACAAAGACAACACUUUGGAGAAGGGUUCUCCAAGCAGUUAUACCUCUAGCUCCAGCACUCCGCCAGUGGAUUCAGAGACCAUGCAGGAGUACAUGAGACAGGGUGCAAGGCCCAAGCAGUUGGGUUACAAGACCCCAGAACAGAGCCCUCUAAAGAACACAAGCGACAAGGAUCAGGCAAAGGAGGAACCACCAUCGAAUGUGGUUAGAGUCACUGAGACACCACCAGUUGUUGGAUUUAGUACUCUAUCCAACGUGACAGUUUCUCAGUCGGAACUUGAUGAGUUAGAGGAUCUUGAUUCAAAGCCACUGGCAUACGAUGUGUCUGGAAGCGAUGUUUUACGGAGGGAUGGAACACUCCCCAAUUUAGGUCCACCACAGCAGGAUGUUCCCGUGCUAGGAAUGGACGAUCAGUCACCUUACAUUUUGACAGGGCAAGAUCAUAUGGUGAACAAGGGUAGAAGCAACAUGGAAAGCAGUGUAUUACCUACAGCUCCAGGUACGAUACCACUGAAUUCUAACGGUGCACCUCCAAGCACUGCCACGGUACCUCCCAAACUAAGUGGCCCUGUAUCAAACACAAAGACAACACUGCACAAUGACAGUUCAGCACCACAGAACUUGAGCAUUACACCUCACAGCAAUUUCUUGAGCAUUCCAGAUGAUCAGGACAAUGCCGAUGACAGAAUCAGCCCUUUGUCUAAGAUUCUUGAUCAACAAUAUAGGUUGGAUGUGAACAACUCUAAAGGAAAUGACAAUGAGCUAGCCAACGUGGACCCUUUUUAUGGAGGCAAACCUCAGUUUGAAUCUUCAACAGAAGAGGAGGUUGUGCCUGCUGGUUUGUCCAACACUUUUAGUCCAUCUAUGCAAACUAACCAGCAGUUACCAGAUUCUACUGGUGGGCAUCCUUCUGGUGACCCUAGCCCUGCUUCAAGCGUCCAUCCAGCUAUGAGCACCCUUGGUUUCGGAAUAACCACAGAAUCUGAAAACAACCUCAAUGAUUCUCUACUGCCAAAGAUGGUGAAUGGAAGACACCAAGUUAACCCUGACACUUUGAUGAGCAAUACUACCAGCCACCAAAUUGGGCAGCAAGAUCUUGCUCCCGGUGACAAAGAGCAUCAAAGGCAACGGAACACAUCUCACCAAUCAAGCCCUAUGAACAAUCAUGCAGACUUUGGCCAUCAAGUCAGUGCAAACAGCAGGCUUCAGGAUCUUGCCCCAAUACAAAAUUUUACAGUUCCAGCUGGGGCUCCUCCCGAACUCUCAACGGCUCAACCGGUUCCACCUUCAAUGUCUCCAGAGAUGGGUGUUGAAGCAAACCUUGAGGAGUCGUUGCAUAAUUUACCGCCCGACCCUCCAUCUUACCAGCAGGUCGAACAAGCAACGCACACAGAGCGGAAUGUUUCCCGUCAGGGUCUAACCCUUGACUUUGGCAUGGGAGGAUCAGAACAAAUGAAUGGAUAUGCUAGUGAGCACGCAGAUGGCAUGAACGAAAUUGAUCAAUCUCGUAACCCCCACUUCGUGGCUCCGCCCAAUGUCUCCCUGACGCCGGGCAUGGUUCUUCCGGUUGAUCAAAGCCAAAAUGGGACAAUGCCUUCGCCCAAUGGGAACAUGGCUGGUGAUCCCAGUGUUGUUGAGAACGGGGAGUUUGCUGUGUCUGAGGGAUUGGACCCUAUGACGGCUCAGAACAAUGCUUUGAAUGCUCAACACAUGUUACCAGUACAAGCUUCAGGAGAUGGCGAAGCUGUGCCAGGCGAUGUUGCACCCAUCUGGAUCCCAGACUCAGACGCGCCUUCCUGCAUGGGUUGUGACCUGAAAUUCACCUUCAGGAAAAGAAGACAUCAUUGCAGAGCAUGUGGGAAGGUGUUUUGCUCCAGGUGUUGCAAUGUUCGUGUAAGACUGAGGUACAUGGAUAGCAAGGAAGCCAGGGUCUGCGUGGCAUGUCUCAAUGCUAUACUCACAGCUGAAGCCCUAGAGAGGGUCAGGAGGCAGGGCGGGAACACAUCCGUAGAGAACAGCCCAGCAGGUUCUCCUGCACACCAAGCCGUAGCACAGACCCUAGAACCUGCUGCUGCAUCCACACCGGAGAAUGCCAUCCAGAGGGGCAAGUCUGUGCUCAGAAGACCUGUCUCGGAUGGUUCAAGACUGAAAGAGAGAAGGAGCGUCCACUUCUCGGACGGCACUACCCCGGGUAAGGACACUAGCGGCCAUGAGACAGAGAGCCCUCCGUCCACCGGGGGUGGGGUCAUCUCGAUACCAACCACCGGUGACUCGUCGGCCCAGAACAUCCCCACGUCCAUCCGGGGAAUCCCCGAGUUACAGGGUGGGAACCGAAGACGGUUGCAACGUCAGGGAUGGCACAAGAGCCUCAUACCGGAGGAUGAAUCUAGACUCCCUCCUGUCAUCCUCACCACGGAGGUGAAGGGAGAGUUUUCUGUGGAUGACAAUCCCAACACAGAGAAAAUUCUGAAUGAUUUGAAGAGUGACAACCCUGUACCCGCUGUAUUCGUUCUAAGCAAAAACCUGAUGGUCCUGGCCCAGAUAGUAGACUUGAACUGCUGUGUGAACAGGACAUGUUGGUGUUUUAGCACUAAGGGUCUAUCUACAGUCGGGCAGGACGAGGUGGUGAUCGUCCUAGAAUGUCUACCGGACGAGAAGACGAUUCCAAGAGACAUCUUCUGUCAUCUCUACAGUCUCUAUGAAGACGCUAAGAGAGGCAACACAGUGACAGACAUGAGCCACACUAUCUUUGCUGGAGGUGGCUUCCUAGGAAGCAGGGAACACGGGGGGUUCCUCUACAUCAGGCCGACCUUCCAGUGUCUGCAGAAACUCGUUCUACCGGAUCACCCCUACCUGGUGGCUGUCCUACUCCAGAAGUGGGAGACACCGUGGGCUAAGGUGUUCCCUUUGAGAUUGCUUCUCAGGCUAGGAGCAGAGUUUAGAUAUUAUCCUUGUCCCCUGAUGAGUGUCAGGUUCAGGAAGCCUGUGUUUGGUGAGAUCGGACACACCAUCAUGAACCUCCUUGCUGAUUUCAAGAAUUAUCAGUACAAGUUACCUGUGAUACGAGGUGUAGUCAUCCACAUGGAGGACAAACAGACUGUCCUCAAAUUCCCAAGGAACAGAUAUGAUGAGCUCAUGAAGGUGCUGAACAACUCCAACGAGCAUGUCAUGGCACUGGCUGCCGUCUUCAGUCCAGAGGCAGACUCUCACCUGGUUUGUAUGCAGAAUGAGCAGGGCACAUACCAGACACAGGCCAUCAACAUACAGAACAAACCUAGAAAAGUGACUGGAGCAAGUUUUGUCGUCUUCAACGGUGCCCUCAAGAGCAGCUCUGGUCUGACGGCCAAGUCCAGCAUCGUCGAAGACGGCCUGAUGGUCCAGAUCCGCCCCGAGACCAUGACGCUGCUCAAGGACUCCAUGCGUCAGAUGCAGGAGAUGUCCAUACCCUGCGGGAGCAGCGAAGCAGACACGCCCGAAGAGACGGUGUUGGUCCAGUGGGUCGAGGAUGAUAAGAAAUUCAACUCUGGGGUGACCAGUCCAAUCGAUGGCCAAUCCCUGACCGGAGUGGAGAGCGUGCGGAUCCACAAUGGCACUGAGUACCAUGGCCACAACCGUGCCAUCCGCUGGACCGAGGUCUUCUUCAUCCAGAACGGCCUGGGUGAAGGAGAGUCCCUGGGCCACCCCAACGUUCCGGAACCGGUAGACCUGAGCAGGCUGGCCGAGAGCCUCGCGUCGGCCUUCUGUCUAGCGCUCAGUGGGAGUCUGAAUGAACUCAGGGAAGCAGGAUUGGUGAAGCUCGGUCUCAGGGUUACCGUCGACAUUGAAAAGGUUGGAUACGAAUCAGGGUCAAAAGGUCAACUGCUCCCUCCCCACUACAUGAACAGCCUCGACAAUGAACUCAUCCCAGUUGUGCAUGGCGCGGUCUCACAGCACGAGGGCGCACCAGUGGUUUUGGAACUCAUCUUUCACAUAAUAGACUAAAAUCAGUAAAUGUAAUGGUGAAGUGUGAGGUCAUCAAAAAUCUAUUUCAUGAAUUUCGAGCCAGAGCAAUAUAACACUGAGUUCCUAUAGGAAAUUCGUUUAUUCAGAUGGUCAUAUCUCAUCCAAUACUUAACAUAUUCAACUGGUUUACGACAUUUGGACAUUAUUUUUGAUGCUCUUUCGGAAAAUGAAGAAAAAGUUGAGAAACUCAAAAAAUUGAUUUUUAUGAUGUCACAGCUUCGGUACUCUAAGGCAAUGUUGCUGCUUUUUUUUGCAAUAGGGACGAUUACGUGGGUUAGAUUAGAUAAUUGGAGUGUGAUUAUGGGCUGCUUAUGCCGGCAUGUUGUUAACUGAUUCUGCUUAUCUUCUCAAUAGCGAACAUUUUCAUUGUAAAGUAAUACCGUAAGUCUUGUGAGUAUAGCGUAUCAACUUCACAUAGAGUAGAAUAUGUGGGAGCACUUGAUGUUGUACUAACAUUGCUUGAAUAAGUAGAUCUUGUGGAGAAUACUGCUUUACUAAUGCAAAUUUAAGGGGUUAGGUCCUGUUAUUUGAGUACAUCUGCACAGUCUGAAGUACAUUAGUACUUGUACUGCACCAAGAUAUAUUUUAUGUGCAGAUCAAUUAUACUUUUUUAUGUAUACAUUACCUGGUAUAAAGAAAUAUAAUGAUGUGUUAUUGUAUAGCGCAUUUCACGACCGUAGACCCUCUCAAUGAGCUUUGCAAUGUGCAACUAUCGAAUUGAACUGAAUUGAAUUUAUUAACAACAACACAUCACAAUAUUGACAGUAUAUGAACAAUCAUACAAUGCGAAGAAUAAUAAGGAUACACGAAUACAUAAAGGAAGAGUAAUGUUUAUUGAACAGUAAUUGCUUUGAAACGAUGUACAUGAACUAUGUGUAUUGCUAGUACUCAUGGAGUGGAGGGAGAACCCCACAUGUCUGUUUGCUGCUAUGUUGUGAAAAGUUCAUGAACAUGCUUUUUCUGAACUGCCCGUGUGUACAUGUUCAUGUAAUGUUAAUUCCGUUUGCCCCGGGCCAGCAAAUAGAAAUAGGCAUGCAAGAACAAAACAAAUUUAAAAGAGUCAUGAACAGAAUUUGACAUGUAAUUAUGAGAUUAUUUAUGAUGUAUGAGCAUGAUUUGAAUUAGUAAUGUAUGAUACAUAGAGAGAGAGAUGAUUUAAAAAUAGAUAUAUUUUUGUAUUGUAUUCACCAAUUAGCAUUGCACAAACUCGUGUAUGCCUGUACAUAAUGUAUGUCUGAACCCAUAAUGAUAGUAUCUCAUAUAUUUUACACGUAACCAACCAAUAUCGCCAUUUUCAUUCACAGGUGCAUGCACUCACAUUGAUUAGCAUUUUCUUUGAAGAGAGACUAAUUAAACUAAAACUGAACCUCCAAACUACUCAUCGUCAUUAUGGCCACUCAAGGUACCCCAAUGUUCUAUAAUGUGUGCCAUGGAAAUGUCUUCUCUUCUUCACUAAUACCUUUACAUUUAAUAAAAAUGUGGAUAUAUAUAUAUAUAUUUUUUAAAUUAAGCCUCAAGGCACAUGCAGCAAAUUUUGAAGGCUAUAUAAAAUGCAUGUACAGUUAACACUGUGUCAGUCAAAUCUGUUAUACUUGUGCGAAAUUUGCCACUUAACAUUGAUCAUCAUACUGGAUCCUAUUUUUGUAAUCUGAUGUUCUUAACCUCUCACAGUAGCAGGCUUAUUUUUAGAUAUAUAUAUAUAUAUAUAUAUAUAUAACAUACAUACAUAAAUAUAUAUAUUGUAUAUAAACAAGUGUCCAUAUACACAUAUGAAGACAGUGUCAUCAAGGGUCCCCCCCCCCCCAUCAUCAGGGUAGGGCUUCAAUAUGGGCAUUUUACUCUCGACGAUAUUAGUGAUUCUAAAUUCUUAUGAAACAUGAUGCAAUGCAUAAUGAGCCAUUCUGAAUACUUCCUGAAAAGUAAAACGACUUUGAAGUGUUCUUGUGGUAGAAAAUAUGUAGCAUUCCUUUCCUUAAUUACGACCAAUUCCAGAGUAUUUUACUGUGAAUUACAUGUAUGUUAGUUGACUUAAUUGUAGAGAAAUGAUAUAUUUAUUUCUGUAGCAGUUUGUUUUUAACCUUUUUUUGUCUGUAAUCCAGAGACUAAUUCAAUUACUCACUUUGUAUCCAUUGUCAUUUAUGAAAGAGAAUUAUCUUGUUAUCUAUUAUCUUCAUAAUUGUAUGUGUUUAUUUAUACUUUUUCUCUUUUUGUCUUUUUUCUCUCAUUUUUCCAUGAAUUUCUUUCUCUGUUUGAGUUAAAGAUUAUACUUGUUACAUCAUCAACAUUUGCAUUUUUAGUGGUAGUAAUGAAAUGCACAUUCAAAUAAAUGUGGCAGAAAUGUGAUCUUGUGCUUUUAUGAAUAAUUUGAGACCUGAAAUUUACAUGUUGAAUUACAACGUCUUUGUUUUUUGUUUUUCUGCAUUAUUGAAGUCGCAGUAAACCUCUUUUCUCUGAUUAUUUAUGAAAAUAAAGCGUUCUAGGAGAGGAGUCAGUAAGUAAUAUAUAUACGGUCGCCUAGGUAAAUACUUAGGAAAAGAGAACUAACAAAAUAUCAAGUGGAGUGAUAUUGUUCUAAAUCAUUUUGUCUAAUAACUCAUUCUAAAUUGUUUUGCAUGCAUAUCCUACAUUGUUAUAAUCCCCACUAUUCUCAUAUGUAUGCUAAUCAGUGCAAAACUUUGAAAUAUAUAUAUUUUGCUCCAUGUACUUCAGUGUGGUAUACGGCAUGUUAAUAUAGGGCAUACAGAGUGAUUAAUUUAUAUGUGAACCUUUUAUGUGUAAUUUUAUAUGACACAAAUUUAGAUAAAAAGGCCAAUAACAACCUGCAUUCAAGCAGCUUUCAAAUAUA